GAAACGUCAAAAUCGAAAACGUCAGUUUCAUAUUGUAAAGGGUGGGGUGUCGCUGUGAUUUUUGAAGAAAUUAUUUAUAUUUUAAGAUGGGAUUUGAUGACGGACAGAUAAUUUUAGACAGUGAUAAUGGAGCUUACUUUGCCGGUCAAACGGUUUUCGGACGUUUGGUUUUCUCCCAGGGUAAAGUGAAAACUAUUCAUGGUAUCUUCGUGGAUAUAAAGGGCUUCUGCAAAGUCCACUGGACCACAUCCCACACUCGCAGAGUAAACGAUCGCACGGAGACGUACACAGUGAGCCAUGACUCCCAUGAAGAAUAUUUCAGGAGGAAAACCUUUUUGUUUGGCGGUGAAAGCGGUGAUCACCACCUCCAGCCGGGUAACCAUGAGUUCAGGUUCGACUGUCCCAUCCCGGUCAACGUGCCGUCCUCGUUCGAAGGCUCGCACGGUCACAUCAGAUACCGCAUCAAAGUUAAGAUGCUUACCACUGGUAUCUUCUCGUCCAAUAAGGAAAAGAUGGUCCCCAUUAGAGUACAUGCGCCAUUGGAUUUGAAUUUGAAUCCCUAUUGUAAGGAGCCGAUAGAAUACGAGUUAUCCAGCACUUACUGCUGCUGGUGCGUAAGCGCAGGUUCCUCGCAAGUAAUGGUGAGACUGCCAGUGGGGGGGUACUGCCCCGGGCAAGUCAUACCCAUGGAGGUGGCCUGCAAGAACGACAGCAACGUCGAGAUCGAUGAAAUUAAAUUCGCUAUUAAAAAGGACGUGACAUACAUGGCGGAAUGCGAGCCCGGCACCCGUAACGACCACGACACGGUCGCAGAGAUCAAGAAGGGCCCGAUCCCCGGACACACUACUCGUAACUGGACCGUAGACUUCGAGGUGCCAGCCAUGGACAUAUACAACGUCAAUGCCAGCCGGUUCAUUGAUAUUAAUUAUCAUUUUAAGGUGUCCACCGAAGUUGGCGGUUGUCAUGAGGGUACAGAAGAAACCCAUCCUAUUAUAUUUGGCACCAUCCCCUUAGUGGGCUUCCAAGAUAAUAUACAGAACCCUCUUCACGAUCAAAUGCCAGUUCAGGGAGGCAAUACUUACCCUCCCCCACCAAUCAUAAAUCAACCGCUAUCCAGCUCGCCGUACCCUAAUAACAAUGCUUACCCCAAUAAUACGCCUUACCCAGGCGGUGCCCCAGGUUACCCGACCACUCCAAAUAUGGGCAGAACUUCGCCUUAUCCGCAAGGAAAUCAGCCUUUCCCCAACGUUUCUCCUUACCCACCGAACCAGCCUUAUCCCGGCGGAAAUUCGCCUUACCCUGGCGCAAAUCCCCCUCCACCUGGAACUUCGCCUUACCCUGGCGCGAAUCCCCCUCCUCCUGGCACUUCGCCUUACCCUGGCGCGAAUCCCCCUCCUCCUGGCACUUCGCCUUACCCUGGCGCGAAUCCCCCUCCUCCUGGCACUUCGCCUUACCCCGGCGCGAAUCCCCCUCCUCCUGGCACUUCGCCUUACCCUCAAGGAAGUUCGCCAUACUCUCAAGGUAAUCCGCCUUACCCGGGUGGUAAUCCGCCUUACCCUGCUGGUAAUUCUCCUUACCCUACGAAUACGCCGUACUCUACGGAUAAUCCUUCUCAUGGGGCGAGUCCCGUGCCUCCGUACCCUGGCGUGGGGCAGAGUCCCGCGCCGCCGUACCCAGCUGUGACGACAACUACUACAUUAAAGACGGGUAACUUCGGGUUCAUAGCUGGAGGGGAUGCUGAAGCCAGUGUGCCACUAUUACCGCCAGGAGCCAAUGUACCUUAUCCCGCUAGUCCGCCGACGAACCCUUACGCCACUGCCUCCGCGCCUGUGCCGUCUACGCCCGGCACCGAUGAGAAAAAGCCUCCGUUAGAUAACACCCCGGACGCUAACUCAAGCUCUCCGCCUUACAAUCCGGAUUACAUGAAAAAUAGCGAUAAAAAAGACGAGAAAACUAAUUAAAGCUACUACCUCAAAUAUUAAAUGUUACGUAAUAGUGUCUUAUUCAUAAAAAAAUCGUUCUCGUAAGAAAACUAUUUACAAUACUUCCAAAAAGAUUAUCGAAUUAGCAGACUAAUCCUUUUCUGUGCUCGCGAGAAUUCUAAAAAGGGUAAUAAUUUUUAUUAUGAAUGAGACAGUAUAAUGAAUAAGAUACGUAUUAACACCUCAAUCGUAACUGCAUUUACAAGUCAUCAACUUAUCCAUCUAUAUGUAUACGGAGAAAAUGCCUAUUGUUGGUAAAUAAAUGCUUGAAAGAAAGCUCUGAAAGGCUGGUCCAAUUUCAGAGCUUAAAUAAGUUAAGAUUAAGUAGAUGUGUAUGUGAAAAGUGGCAUAGUAUGAUAGCGACUCUACAUUUAUUACUAAGUGAAAAUUUUAAUACUGAAGGCACUCAAAGUUUAUUUGAAAGCAUUUAUUUUUCUAACGUAAUAUUACAAGAAAAGUAACGACCUCUGAUGUGUUUCUAAGAUAGAAUGAUAUGAUCUCGAUUGGUUUAAGUUUUGGAGGGUAGGCAGCUAUUGUUUCAAAAACAUGCUAUGUUCGUCUCAUCUCAAUGCAACGUAAGCCUACCUAGGAUUGAAAAGUUGUUAUAUUAAGUAAUAUUUAAAUUAUGAUAGUAAACGCAACAAUCACAAUUUUAAAACUUUUACAAUACAUUUAUUAAAACAUGACCCCAAGAAAAGGCAACUCUUAUUAUUAUUAUUGAGUCAUGGACAAAAAUGCAAGAAUGAGUAGGCAAGCAUUCGUGUAGAAUUAAAUUGUCUUCCUUCAUACUCUUAUCUAGAGACUAUAAUGCUAACAAGGUGCUGAAAAAUUAUACUACACGUCUCUGAAAUAUAAGAUUUGUUUAAACAAGCACUUCCCAGUGUUGCCAAUUAUAUGAAACAUCUACCUCUUAAAUACUUAAAUAAGAGCCGUCUUAAUGUGCCUAAUACUUAAAAUACAGUGAAUUCUUCUACUCGCCUUAAAGUUUUGAUAGUUCAGAUAUUUACUCGUCAUUUUUAAAGAUUAUUAUAUUUCUUAGAUUAAGAAUAAAGUCAAUGUUUAGGCUUUCAUACGUAUAUUAAGAGCUUUUAUAUUUUAUUUUAUUGAAGUUUGAUGAUGAUAUAUUUUUACAAUUUUGAUAUUUUUGCUGCAUUGCGUAUGUGUCGAUAGUAAUAAGCACAAUGUUAUAUUCAUGUUAUAAAUUAUAUUAUAUGUAUAAUAAAAGUACAGAAAGACAUAUAGGUGAGUUUUUGAGCAGCUAUUUCGAAUAAAACCACCUGUAGUCUAUCUCUUUACUUGUGUUACCUAAAAUCUAUAUUUUUGAAGAGUAUUUUCAAUAUAUUUUUCUGUUAUUUUCUUCUCUUUCUUCAUAGUCUUGUUAUGGUGCUUUUAUUGAAUAGGAUAAGGUUCUUUCAUUUCGUUAAAUCUAUUUUGUACAUUUUUUUACCUUUUUAUGACUUCGCAACUAUCUUUACAAUUUUUCAUGUUAAUCUUUUAGAAUGGUAGGUAUAUUUGUUACGUAUAUUUAUGUAUAAUGCCUAGUCAGUAGAAAAAAUAAUUGUAAAACGUCUUCUUACCGGGAUGUGCCUUUGUUUAUUAUAUUUAAUUAAGAAAAAUGCAUUUAUUGAUAAAUUUUGGAUGAAAUCCUGUCGUAAUAAGUGUUCCUGUAAGCCUUAAUACUGUACAAAUAAGAUACCUAAAUGUAAUUUAACGACAAUAUUCAAGUUUAAAAAAGUACAAACAUGCCUUAUACAGUUUUCUGUGCAAUUGUAACAAACUCGAAUAUUUUGUUAUGAAUGAUUCUUUUGACUUUUGAAAUAAAGACGUGUUAUGAUUAA